GCCACCAACAAACACACACAAACAGAGACACCUGUACACACACAAAGACAUGUACAUACACACACACAGAAAAACAUUUACACACAUGCACAGAGACACAUGUACACACACACACAGACAGAUACAUGUACACACAGGCACAUACAGACACGCAUACACACAGAUACAUGUACAUACACACAGACACAUGUACAUACAUACACAGACACAUGUACAUACAUACAUACACAGACACAUGUACAUACAUACACACAAGCAGACAAACACAUGACAUGUACACACACGGACACAUAUACACACACACAUACAUGUACAUACACGCAGACACAUGUACAUGCAUACACAGACACACACAAACACACACACAUGUGUACACGUACACAAACACACACCCCUAUAAAAAGUUGCAGUAUUUCGUUGUUCACUCACAGAACCGGGUACUGCACUCUAGGGGGGAGGCAGAGAGCACAGCACACACUCCUUCUUUUGCUUUCACUGCGCUCAGCUAUUGAGCAGUCUGACGGCUCCCAGUGCCAAUGACAGAUUUGGUCUAAACUCCGAGCCUGCUCAGCAAGACGGCCCUGGGGGACACACUUGGCCCCACCAUAAUUUCCCACUCGCAAUAGGCGAGCAGGUGAGUGGAAAUUUCAAGC